UGUUCGAGCUGCGGUUAAACUAUGACCGAAGAAGAACAGGCGGAAAACGUCGUCGAUUCCGAAAAAGGAGUCAAAGCUCGAGCGUGAAGUGGUGUGAUCGACCACAAAAACAACAUGAAAAUGUCAAAAAAGCAAUUUUGUCGAGGGACAGGGAAGAAGGAGCGUCAGUGGCAACAACCCGAAACAGUUUCCGCCAAUCAAAUUGUUGAAGUUGUCCAGCAACCAAUUAUUCUUCAGCAGGAGCUUUGGCAGACCUCACAAGUUAAAGAGGAAGAGGAAGGGCCACACCUUUCCCAUGUUAAUCAGGAAGAGCGGAAUCCGAAGUCCCAGCACGUCAAAGAGGAGGAGCCGGAACACCUCCUGGUGAAAGAAGAAGACGAGGAUGCACGGCCCCUCUCCAUUAAGGAAGAAAAGGAAGAGACUGAUGUCAGCAAAUUGCCAUUGACUGGCGUCUCUGUGGAAUGUCAAGACAAAGACAAACCACCUGAGUGGUCACCGCUCCAUCAUCGCAGUCCAAGGAGAGCCAACUGCGGAGGACCAGCCCUAGACCACCACUUAGCGCCGCUGUCGGACAAUGACGACAUGGGAGGAUCUUUGAAGGGUGAGGCAGACUCUGAAGGUGACGACAGAACGUGGCGCUGCUCUGAAAGUCCAACGACUCUGGCGGGCAUCAAGGAAACGUCGCAAAUGCGUCCAAAACUUUUUACCUGCUCAGUUUGUGGUAAAGGUUUUGCUAAAAAACAACACAUGAUGACACACAUGAGAACACACACGGGAGAAAAACCCUUCAGCUGCUCAACUUGCGGUAAAACCUUCUCUCAAAAGCCACACCUGGAGUCGCAUAUGAGAACACACACGGGCGAAAAACCCUUCACUUGCUCAUUUUGCAGUAAAACAUUCUCACAAAAAGAAAAUAUGGAAUCACACAUGAGAAUCCACACAGGAGAAAAACCCUACACCUGCUCAACUUGCGGUAAAACAUUCUGUCAAAAACCGUAUCUGGUAUCACACAUGAGAACUCACACGGGAGAGAAACCCUUUCCUUGCCCAUUCUGUGGUAAAACCUUCUCUCGAAAGGAACAUGUGAAAUCACACAUGAAAAUGCACACCGGAGAAAAACCCUUUAGUUGCUCAUUGUGCAAUAAAUCCUUCUCUCAUAAGUCAAAUCUUGUAGUGCACAUGAGAAGACACGCAGGAGAUAACGCCUUGAGGUGUUCAGUUUGUCAUCAAACAUUCUCUCGAAAGGAACAUGUGGAGUCACACAUGACAAUGCACACGGGUGAUAAACCCUUUCGUUGCUUUGAGUGCGGUGAAAGUUACGCUCUCCGGGCCAAUUUGACUGCACACAUGCAAACGCACGACUGAGUGAAAGGCAGAUGCGGAUCACAAUCCAGUGAGCGAUGGCUGAUCAAUAUCUUCUCACUGGACUUUCAUCGUUUGAACUGUCCAAAAAUUGUUUAAAUUCUCUGCAUCAAAUGUAUUUAGUCCUUUGGUUUCAAAAGUUCCAAAAAGUCCAGAAGGAAAAGAAAAAAAAUCUGGCAAACUCGAGCAUUUUCUGUAAUAAGAACUGAUUUCCUUCAUGCAAACGUUUGUAUUAUCUACACUUGAAUACACAGUGUGACAUCCCUUUUGUGUUGAUUUUUGUGUUCCAUUUGUGUCUCGGUCAGCCUAUAAAGUCCCUGUCAAAUUGCUAAGUGGGCAGUUUUAACCGUGUCCGCCCUUUUGACCCUGUUUGGGACAACAGAUUUAAGGGCCUAUCUCACUGGUGUUCUGAUGGUGACUCAAGUCUGCGAAGGAUGGAGAGCUCUGUGAUAUCUCACGGAGACCAUCCGGAGGGGGGGUCCGUGGAAAGUGCCCCCCCCCCAACCAACAAGGACUUUUAUCAAGGGCUGCCUAAUUUACAGUUUUGUAGAGAUCACUUUAUUUUUCAAAUACGUUUUUUUUCUCAAUGAUUAUCACUUUCCUUGUAAUAUCAUACCAAUAUUCACA